AUGCAGCGUCACAAAGGCCAGUCUCCUUCAAAGUUCUCUCCUGAAACAUCAGACAAGUCUGUGGACUCAGUGCCUGCAUGUGAAGAUGGAGCAUCAGAUAGUGGGGAUUCUGUCAAAGAGGACCGACCAGGUCAAGAUGAUUGCUUCCAUCAAAUGUUUGGCUUUCAGAUCCAGGACCUUUCAUCCUGGGAUAGGUUUGUCAGGCUUCUCUGUCGCCCUACAGACCCUGCCUCUAUCGGGACACUCAGAGUUUUCUUUGGGCUCCUCAUGACACUGGACAUUGUCCAGGAGCGGGGACUUGCGGCUGCUGACAGCUGGUGGGGUAGUGACGAACAGUGCAGGUUUCCACUGUUUCAUUUCCUGCGACCUUUACCCUUACAGUGGAUGUAUGUUGUGUACUUGGUCAUGAUAUCAGGAGCCAUUGGUGUCAUGCUGGGCUUUCAGAUGCGUCUCAGUUCCCUGGCCUUUCUAGCCACAUAUUGGUACGUGUUCUUCCUGGACAAAACAGCUUGGAAUAACCAUUCCUAUCUAUUUGGCAUUCUGGCUUUCCUCUUGGCCAUCUCUGAUGCCAACAGAUAUUG